AUGGCAGACUACCAACCUCCAGCGCCAGCGCUACAGGAGCAGGAUCUCAAGGGCAAAGUUGCCAUUGUCACCGGCGCAUCAAAAGGCAUAGGCCGCGCUAUAUCCCUCUCCCUCGCAACCCGCGGCUGUUCCAUCCUAGGAACCUAUUCAUCCCCCCAAUCCGCCCAUAUCUUCGAUACUCUCACAAGCACUGUUCGCGACCUCUACGCUGCCGCCGAAAGCAAAGCUCCGACUAUGCGAGGCGUAGCUGCAGACAUAACAUCUCUCUCCUCUGUCGACACUCUCCUCACAGCGCUACAUGAUCACUUUUCUGGCGUACAACCCAGCAUACUCGUGUUGAAUGCCUCACACAAUGCACGCCCCAGAGUAGGCAGCGCAAGCGAAGAUGACAUCACCGACUCGUUGACGGGCAAUUUGCACUGGCCAAUCAUGCUCAUGGAAAACUUGGUCAGACAAGGUUGGUUUGCGUGGAAUAGCCGCGUCGUAGUCAUUUCUUCCGACCGCGUACGGGACCCAUCUCCCGGAUCUGGAUUGUUCAACGCAACGCGCGCGGCUAUGGAAUCGCUAGUGAGAUCAUGGGCGAUCGAGUUGCCGCACAACUCUCCUGGCACAACAGUAAAUGCUGUGUCGGUGGGGUUGACAGAUACACCUGGACUGCGCGCCUUUCCAGCCGAAGCCGUGCAGGCAUUGAAAGAGCAGCGGUUGCCGAAGGUCAAGGUUAUGGAAGGGGGGAGGAUGGGCCAGGCGGAGGAUGUGGCGGAUGUUGUGGGGUUUCUGGUUAGUGAGAAGAGUAGGUGGGUUACUGGGAGUGUGAUUGCGGCGAAUGGAGGGGCUGAGUGGGUUGGUGGGAGUUCGUAG